AGAACGAAAAACUUCACAACGUACUAAACCUGGCCUAGUGGAUUUGCAUCAUCAUCAGGAGGCGCCGGCAGCAGAAAACACAUGGAAGAGAAGGAAAAGGAGCUGAUAGAUGCCGCCGGGCGAGGUGACGAGGUCAGAGUUCAGCAGCUACUAGCCGAGGGGGUCAAUGUCAAUGCUGCCCACGGCGGAUGGACUGCUCUCCACGAGGCAGCACGGAACGGUCACACUGGGACUGUACAAGCUUUACUCACAGCUGGAGCGCCUGUUGACUCAAGAAGCACCGCGGAACACACACCUCUAGACUUUGCAGCUGAGAAGGGACACACAGGAACUGUAACGGCUUUACUGGCAGCUGGAGCGGACAUUAAUGCACGAGACUACGAUAGCUCGACUCCCCUUCAUAAGGCGGCAGAAAAUGGACACCCCGACUGUGUUAGAGUACUGCUGAGGGCUGGAGCCAACACUGUCAUUAAGGGCAACAUUGACGGGAAUAAGAAGACAGCAGAGGAGCUUGCAGAACAAGAGGACGUACUGAAGGUGUUCCAGUUUUUCAAAGACCUCAAACCUAAAGUGGUGGAUGACUUGCUCACUAUCGAGCUCAGCGGCAAGGGUCUGACCUCCGUCCCAGCCGAAGUGUUUGACGCCACAGAUAUCGAACGCCUUGUCCUGUCUGAAAACAGACUGACGAGCAUACCCGAGGAGAUAGGUCAACUACAGAAGCUUCGUGAACUCAAACUUGAGAACAACCUGCUGACAGAACUUCCGCAAGCAAUCACUACUCUACCUAACCUACAGCACAUCGACGUGUCGCACAAUAAGUUGGAAACAUUGCCUGAUGGAAUCUCCAGAUUACAACUUCACGAGCUCUACCUGAAAACAAUAGAUUCAAAGAGAUACCAGAAGAAGUUUGUUCACUACUUCAGCUGAACAGGUUUUACGUAGGAGUCAACCCCCUCAAGUCUCUCCCUGACAAGAUAUCUCAGCUCACAGGACUGAGAAAGAUGUCCAUCGACAGAUGUCAGUUUGAUGAGUUCCCCAGACAAGUGCUGCAGCUGGAGGGUCUACAGAGUCUGUACAUGGGGAACUGGGCUGGGGAGGGAAAACCUUCACCGGUACCUGAAGACAUCGGCACACUGAAGAACCUACAAGUCUUGGAUCUGCAGUAUAGUGGCUUGGAGUCACUACCAGGUGGUAUCGGAGAACUGGAGCAGCUGGGGUACUUAAACAUUGCUGGAAACAAAUUCACGUCAGUUCCUGAACAAAUCAUGAUGCUGUCCAACAUUGGGAAGUUAAUCUUGUCAGAUAACAAAAUUUCCCGCCUUCCCGUGACUCUGAGCCGAUUGGCCACACUGAAGGACAUGAACAUUACUGGAAACCCCCUGACAUACCCUCCUGCUGAUGUCUGUAAGAAAGGCACAGCCGCCAUCAUGGACUUCCUGAGAAGGGAGACAAAAGAAGGAGAAGAGAAAGAACUGCGAAAACUGUUCUAUCGUGUCUCACAAAAAGUGACACAAAGAGCUGAGGUGGAAGCUCUGGCCGCAGUAGCUGGACUAAACCACAGCGAGAGAACCAGUAUCCUGGUAAAUGUUUCAGCUCCAUGGUAGAGAAGAACAAUUUUCAGAACAACAAAAUUGUCAACCUUUACACCAAUACUUGAAUUAUGAUCAUAAUUUAAUUGACUGACUGAUUCGUUCAUCGAUUGAUUGCAAAAAAAG